CGCACCCGCUGCCCCGUCGCGCGGCUCUUUGCGCCGCCGCUCGCGGAGGCGCACGCAGAGUUGCACGGUGUCACAUUUUGAGGAGCCUCUUGUUCGCUCUCCCGAUUCAGCCCUGUCAGUGGAUUUAAGAUGGCUGCUUUGUGUACCAGGGUGAUUCUGCAGCCCCCCGUCGGUAUCGGUGUUCUCCCCGUGGGUGUGCUGGAGGGGGGGAGGGAACUCCCCUCCACCCCCGGCCGCCAGCCUGCCUGCUCGGACUGGCGGAGGACGGCGGAGCUCCGGGGAAAUGGAGUCGCUCUUUGUUGGCCGUGGGGGCAGUCGGGAGCUUGUUGCACAAGAUGAGGCCACACAGAGGGCGAUUGAAUAGCGGGUUGCUGCGUGUAGCUGCCCUGAGGGAGAGGAGGGAGGGAGGGAGGGGGGGGGGGGGGUGUGUAUUGGUCGCAGCAGCGUGCAGUUCGGAGUUGUUUUGGGUCCGUUUGUUGUGGUUCCACAAGGUGCUGUCCCAAGGACGAGCUGCAGACGAUUGUCUGCCUGCGAGCAGCCGCGGCGUGGAGGUAACCAAAUCAGAGACGUUUUUCCAUUCAGGCUGCUUCUGCUUCCCUCCCCCUUGCAGAUCUGCACAGAUGGAUAAGAUGCAGCCGAACCGGGUCAAAAUCACAGACCUGAACCCCCUGCUCACAUGUCCGCUGUGCGCCGGCUACCUGAUUGACGCCACGACCAUCGUAGAGUGUCUGCACUCCUUUUGUAAAACAUGCAUCGUGGCCUUCCUUGAGACCAAUAAGUUCUGUCCUCGCUGUGACGUCCAAGUGCACAAGACAUGUCCACAGCUCAGCAUUAGAGCGGACAAAACUCUGCAAGACAUAGUUUAUAAGCUGGUUCCAGGCCUGUUCAAAGACGAGAUGAAAAGGAGGCGAGACUUCUACGCGGAGAACCGGGAGCUGGAACCGGGCGAAGUGGUGGAGACGUUUAACAUAGCAGAGGACGAAAUAAUCAGUCUGUCCAUACAGUUCUACGAGAGGAACAGAAGCAAUGAAAGGCAGCGAUCGGAGAUGGAAGGAGAGAAGUCCAACGGGAAGCGCUUCCUGCAGUGCCCGGCCGCCAUGUCCAUCAUGCACCUAGCAAAGUUUCUCCGGAGCAAGAUGGAUAUACCGAACAACUACCGGGUGGAGGUGUUGUAUGGGGACGAGCCGUUAAAAGACUAUUACACACUAAUGGAUAUCGCCUACUUCUACGAGUGGAGAAGAACCGGACCCAUCCCCUUGCAGUACCUGGUCAAACCCACCCGGAAACGCAGGAGACCCUCGCAGUCCGUCGCCCAGGCCCACUCCGACGGAGUCAACACCAGCCCGACGUCGGAGAGCGACUCUCAGAGCGACAAGCUCCACAGCCCCGCCGCAGCCCAGCCGACCAGAGCCGCCUCCCAGACAAGCCCCGCCUCCCACAACGUGUCCCCCGCCGUCCAGAGCCCCAACGGCACCGCCGCGCCCAACAACACUCAGCGACACGCCCUCGCCUCCAAGCAGGCCUCCGGGAGCCGGAAGGUGACAGUCAACGGCACGAGCUCCGGGGCCGGCAAAGAGGAGGCGCGGGGAGGCGAGAAAAGCGGCGCGCCUCCCACGACCUAACACCCACGGAGCAGCGGGGCGGGGGGGGGGGAGGACAGUGAUCCUUUAACUGCUCCCUUUUUUCCUUUUCUUCACGGAGCCGACAGAGGCUCGAGCUUUCGUCCUUCCGGACAGGCGGGGGGGCGAUCCGCCGCCCCCUUUGGCCUGGAAAGACUGAGACGUGCAGCCAAAUAGACUCUCGUAUGUAUGUGCGUGUUUGUGUGGUAGACUAGAGCCGUGCACACAUACAAAAACUGUACAGUAUGUAUCAAACGUGAGCAUGUGUGCAUACAUAAUGUAUAAACUUAUCUUUUAUACAAGAUAUCGUACCCGUUUUUUUUUUGUUUUUGUUUUUUUUUUUUGUAUCGUAUAUGCAGUGAGUCCGUUUCAUUUCCACAGACGUGUCCGCAGAAUCACCGAAAGCUUUUUCUGGUGCGAGUCACUGCUUUCAGUUGGAUGUUUUUAAUGAAAGAAGGAAGGAAAGAAAAAAAAAAAGGCAAAGACAAGCUAAUUCUCUACUUUUUUUUUUUUUUAAGGAGUUUUUCUGAAAGUGUCCGAUACAAGCAGCACCUGAUCAGGUAGCGUGUACAUUUAUGGAAAACCGUCGAUGCACUUUGUGAAGGUCCCGUCAUGGAAACCGCCGCUCCUCCUCUCGGCAGGAGGAUUUUUACAGCUGUAUUAUCACACUCAAGUCCAAGCACUACCACGCCGGCGCGCCACGCGUCCGUCUGCAACACUGUCUCUGUUGCAAAGAACUGAAGGGAAUAAGAAGGGAUUUUUGGAAAUUUUGCAAUGUAUGUUGUUCCGUACAUUUCGACAUUCCCUUUUUGUUGCUUUUCAACAGAAUCGUUCUGGGUUUUUUGUUUUGUUUUGUUUUUUUGUUUUCUAAAUCAGCCAUAUGUGCAUGUUUUAGGUCAAUAAAAUGUUUACUUACUAGGUUUUUCUGA